CGCACUCGUGCGCCGUACAAUAUGGCAAAUACCAAACAGCGUUCAUCGCUACUGCUGGACAUUCCUUGCGAAAGGCCUUUCCUACAUUAACCUAUACAUGGUACACUCUACGUUAAGAGGCGUCGUGAUACCUUGAAUAACACCAUGUCUUCCGCUAGCUGUUUGCUUCUGCUAGUGCGUGGUCAGUUGCAGCAACCCAUAUUGACCCAACUCCGUGGGUCAUUAGCCUGCCUGGGAGUAGUAGGUGAAAGGGAGCAGCGCUCGUCGCACCCGGUCUGGCGACAGCUUAGGCGUUUCUCAUCGCAAUCACCUACCAAAGACGCAAGGAAACAGCUCGACUGCACAAAAAGCAUCUUACAGCAAGCGAACAUCCUGCAACUCCGCGAAAGCCUCGACGAUGAAAGCGAGCGGAGCCUGCACAUCCCUUACGCGAAAUUCCUUAAGAUGAUCAGAGCCAGCGGCGCAGCGCACGACGAAGACGAGGCUGAGGAGGUCGGUCACGCGCUGCACCGUAGUGGAAUCGUACUGCGGCACGAGGAUACGGUUUAUCUCAAACCAGAGGAAAUCGUGGAAAAGGUCGUACAGAUCCUGCCCGGCAACCGCGAAACGAGCGACCGAAAGCUGCAGGAAAUCAACACCGAGCUGGAAAAGCUCGAAGAGAUCUACACCCAGCUAGACAAGGCGGCGAACCGCUACACCACUUGGAUGCUGCUGGGCGGCUAUGUCGUACUCUGGAUCCAGUUCGGGGCGUUCUACCACCUCACGUGGGGAGACCUGUCGUGGGACGUGAUGGAGCCAAUCGCUUACAUGAUUUCCCUGGGCUACAUGCUCCUGGGCUACACCUACUUCCUGGUCACCAAGGGUCAGGUGUUCGACCUGGGGCCCUUCAAGGCCUUCUGGCUGACGCGUAUCAUGAAGCAGAGAGCGCUGAAGCUCGAAUUUGACGAGGAGCGGUAUCACCACCUGCGCAAGCUGAAGGAGCGCUAUGUGAAGCACCUGGCGCAUGCGCCGUUGAAGCAGCAGUAAGGUGGCGGCUGAGCCAGCAGUUUGGAAGCUGUGGAUUUGUCGCUCUUGUGGGGUUGUAUUUCCGUGCAAUCUGUGUAUGUUUAUGUGCGGCGCUAUGUGGGGCCACCGGUAAAGUCGGAAGGUGGUGGGGCUGCUGACAAUGCGAGACCGAGACAGCUACGGCAGCCAGUGCAUGGACUGGGGUGUUUUGGGUUGAGAGCUGCUGGGCUGUUUGACCACCAUGUUGACCGCUUACAACGUUCCAAGGGCGGGGUGCAGCAAUGAGCCUAAUAUGCAUUUGUUGUACCCAACGACAUGUCGGCAGAAGGGCGAAAGAGGACAUGGAAAGGCACAGAAGGACCUGUAAGAAGGUUCAGUUACUCUUGGUUGGCGGACCAGGCUGCGCUUUGGCGUGGGGUUCCGCCUCGGACUUGAUUUGCAGUUUCGUUAUGCGAUGCGUGGGAGGCGGCGUGAUAAGGGGCAGGAUUGGUGAUCUGCUGGUCGUCUUGUACAUAGGAUGUCUGGGAAGUGCUGUGCAUAUGUGUUUCGAGUACAUGGAAUAAUGAUUGUUCGGAGGUGGAGUUGCGCCCCUUGUGCGCCUGAUGGCAUGCAUGUACAGUAUGCAGGGGUGCGCGCUCAUGAUGCUUGCGGGCCUGAUAUGCUUGCGUCCUUGAUUGCACUGAGCACUGUGACGGUUGGUGCAGUUAGUCACCGAUUGACCGCCGUACUUUGUCCCCCUACAGUGCGAUGGGUUUCCAAAAGGUUUAAUGAUACUGGUGCUACCAUAAGCGUGUAUCGCAAGGGCGACUUUGGUAAUGCGACUUUACAAGUUCACUGGAUACUGUGUUUGAGCCCUGCGCCUUUUCUUUUCCUUUAUGUAGUCUAUUGUGUAUCUGUGACAUACUCGCGCAAGGAUGGAUUUAAAGGAAACACCGGCCAUGGACGCACAUGCCCUUCAGGAGGUUACUGCGCAAGUAAUAGCAGCUAGAAAGCUCUUGGAAGCGCAGCGGCAGCUCCGGGAAAGCAACCUCAAUGCUGUUCGACCAGGCGAGGACGAGCUUAAGCAGCUGGACAGCAGCAUCAAACGCAAUUCAGCUCUUAUAAAGAAGCUCAGGCAGCUCACAGAGGACAAUAAGCAGACCAUACUUGACGACAUCCGCAAAACCAACCAAAGCAAGUACGUCAGCGAGGCAGUUGCCGCCCUCGCAGAGGCGCCACUGCGCUCGGCGGGCGAUGUGGCAGCGGCGGUGGCGGUGUGCAGCCAGCUGCACCGCCGCUAUGCGGACUUUGGGGAACACGUGGCGGCAGCGCUGGCGAAGGUAUUCUCCAGGCCGGCCGGGGGCGCCGACGGCUCCUCCACUUCCUCCUCGGGAGCAGCAGCAGCGGCGGCGGCGACGGCAGCGACGGAUCGCGAC